AUGGGAUACUCGGGACCAGGAUGCGGAAUCCUGAGCCUGCAGGCUUAUGGGGUUUCAGGUAACCUGCUGUGGAAGGUGGAGCAGAAGAGCAUGACGGCCUUCGCCUGCGCCAAAGUGUCCGUCAAGGGAAAACGCCACUGGUACAAAGCCGGAGAGCACACCGGCUUCGUCGCCCUUAGCGACGACUCGGCCUGGAUCAUCAGGACCAACGGAGACCUCUAUCUGCAAACGGGUCUGAGCGUGGAGCGCCCGUGCGCCCGCUCGGUGAAGGUGGAGUCCCCCUGCGUGUUCAGCCAGGUGUGCGUGAGGGCCGGCGUGGUCUGGGCCCUGAGCGAGCACAAGGCCCUGUUCUACCGGGAGGGCCUGAGCAGCUUCUGCAGCGAGGGCGACGGCUGGAAAUACGACACCGUCAGCGAGGCCCAGGGCCUGGAGCUGAUAUGCGUGGCUCUGGGGGAUGGCGGGACGGCCUGGGCUCUGGACACCAGCGGCAGCCUGUGGUUUCGGACGGGCCUCUGCGCCUCCAGACCGCAGGGCGAGGAUGACCACUGGUGGCAGAUCAGCAUCUCGGACUACGUGGUGUUCGACCAGGGCAGCCUGUUCCAGACCCUGCUGCAGGCCACGCAGAGCGUCGCCACGGUGACCAGGGCCCCCGUGGAGCGCGUGGUGGCCUUCCUGUCCCAGUACUCCCAGUGCCAGCCCAGCCUGGUCAGCGCCAACGCCGGCGGGGUGUGGGUGGCCUCGGGCAGGAACCAGCUGCACCUGGCCCGUGGAAGCCUAGUGGGAACCUUCUGGCAGAAUGUUGUUCCCAGAGGGACGGUGUCAGCCACCAGGUGGACCUUCAUCACGUCCUCGUCCGUGCCUCACAGAGAAGCCGAGGUGGAGUUGUCCCACCUGUCGGCCUGCCGCGAUGCUCUGUGGGGUCUGGACAGCCAUGGCCGGGUCAGCAUUCGGACGCUGUCUCCGUCCUGUCCCUCCGGUCUGCACUGGACCCCCCUGGACCUCAGCCAGCUUGGAAACGUCCGUCUGGUCAGCGUGAGCUGCGGCAGUCAGAACGUCUGGGCGGUGGACAGCCGGGGGGUGGUCUACUUUAGGCUGGUCAGUAUCCAGACGAGUCCAAACGACCGGCUCCUCUGGGCUCUGGACAACAGGGGCUGCGUCUUUGUCCGGACCGGUCUCAGCGACGAAAUGCCCGUCGGGACUGGCUGGGAACUGGUUCCCGGGCUAGCGGUCAGCCAGCUGGUCCUCAGCUGCCGGACCGCCUGGGUUCGCUGUGUGAACGGAGAACUGGCCAGACGUUACGGCAUCUCUGAGAGAAACCCGGCUGGAGAUUACUGGAAGAAGAUCCCGGGAAACGCCAACUGGUUCACAGUUACCCCGGAGGACGAGUUGUGGGCAGUGACCCUCGUCGGUGGACUGUCCCGCCGCUUGACCAAGCUCCUCCCCCAGACUCCCAGCAGGCCCCGCUCCUCCAGCCCCGCCCUCGGAGGGGACGAUAUCGACGAGGAGUGGGAGCUGAUCUGA